UCACGCUCAACCCCGAUAUACACCAACGUUUGCUUAGCACAGACAACGUUGUACCCAAAUUCAUCAACCAUCUCUUAACACUUCAUCCACCAUGAGUGAAAACUUUGACACUGUGGUCAUUGGACGAAUCGAAGUGGAAAGGUCUAUGAUCUCCGGUAGCCCUCAAGGAAUGGAGGCAAAGGGCGGCCCAAUCUCUGUUGCGUCUCACGAGACCACAGAGACAGAUACCAUGUCAGAAGGCAUCACAUCAGCAGACUCAACUUCCGAAGACCUUGAAUUUGGAAGCACUGAUGUCAAAAACGCAUUUCUCGUCAAGUUCCCUCAAUACUGCCUCGGCGAUAUUGAGGAUGUCUAUCCUUGCACACCUCUUCAAGAGGGCAUUUUAACGAGUCAGACGCAAGGCACUGAGGAUUACAUUAUUCGUGCCACUAUGGAAUUGCAUUCAGUAAAUGGCGCCACUUUUGAUCUGGAGCGCCUUCAAAAAUCUUGGGACAGCAUCGUCCGACAGUCUGCUGCUCUACGAACAGUCUUUGUUCAAUCAACAUCUGGAGAUGGGUUAUUCCAUCAGAUUGUUUUGAGAAAUGUACCUACAGGAAUUCAGCAAAUCCAAGCCGAGACUCUCAACGAUAUAGCAACGAGGGAACCAUCAUGGGAAGAUGGUCGUGUUGCCCCUCACUGCUUAACAUUCUGCAAGCCAUUAAAUGGGCCCGAGGGUCUCAGGAUCGAACUACACCAUGGCGUCUCUGACGCGAUUUCCAGCAUGAAAAUCCUUCACGAGCUCAUGCGUCUCUACGAUGACCCAACUCGCCAACUUAUGGGGGUUCCUUUCCGUAGCUUUGUGCAACACCUCCAGAGCAACUCUGAGGAAGAAAAACUGAAAUACUGGCAAACGUUUCUGGAGGGCUCCCAGCCAUCCAUGUUUCCCAGACUUCGCGUCAACAGGACGAAUGAAGAACUACCACAGAGAUGUCGUCGACAAGUCAACCUUGACCGGGAUGGUAUUUUGGAUAUGGUGAAAAGCUCAAAAGUUAGCUUUUCUAUGCUUUUCCAUGCUGCUUGGUCAGUACUUCUACGGGCCUAUCUGGGGAGAGACGACGUAGCUUUUGGCUAUAUCUCCUCAGGCCGUCAUAAUGUGCCGUUACCAGAAGUCCAGGAGGCACUUGGCACUUAUAUCAGCAUGAUGGUAGCCCGAGCUCGAAUGGACGAAACUACAACUCUGGUCGACCUUGCAAGCCAGCUCCGAAAGAACAUUGCCAAUUCUUUGCCUCACGAGCAAUGCUCGCUGGCAUCAAUUCAGCGCAGAAUGCAAAUCAACGGCGGAUUCUUCAACACGUUGGUUGACGUCCAAAGGCGACCAAAACUUCGGCGCACAUCCGAUGAGAUCAGCCUAAACCUCACCCAUGUGCACACGGUUGCUGAAUAUGACAUUGUUGUCAAUAUCGAGGAUACUGGCGACGAAUUGCUUUUCGUGCUUGACUACAAGUCUAAUCUUCUUGGAGAAGCCGAUGCCGAAAACCUCAUCAGCUGCUUCACAUCCAUCGUCGGUCAAAUUCUGCAGAACCCCCAUCGCAGGAUAGCGGAAUUAGAUCUAUUCACAAAGGACCACCGUAAUCAACUCUUACAGUGGAACCAAGAUCAACUUCCAGUGACCGAUGCAUGCGCUCAUGACCUCUUUGAAGCCGAGGCUGCUCGUCACCCCGAAAAAAUUGCAGUAUGCUCGCUCGACAACAACUUUACCUACGCGCAGUUAAGUAUGCUGAGCACACGCUUGGCCGCGCACUUAAGAUCUUUAGGCGCAAGCCCAGGUGUUAUGAUCCCGCUGUGCAUGGAAAAGUCGGUUUGGGCAAUUGUCUCCAUGCUGGGUGUUCUGAAAGCUGGCGCAGCCUUCGUUCCCCUGGAUCCUGCUUCACCCACCAGUCGCAUUGAAGGCAUCCUUGAGGAUACAAAUGCCAAGAUUGUCAUAGCCUCCACUUCUACUUCACAAAAAAUGAGCCAGAUACAGAGAAGCCAACAUGUCGUCGUCAUCAACGAGGCAUUUGUCGCGGCUCUUGAAGAGAACGGAGAUGUUGCUAGCACAAGCCUCAGAACUCAUCCAUCCGCGCAAUCUCAAGAUACAGCAUAUGUUCUCUUUACUUCAGGAUCUACAGGCAAACCGAAAGGAGUUGUAGUUCCUCACCAGUCUCUCUGUUGCAGUAUGUAUGCCCACGGACCAGCCACAGGGAUCGAUCAAAACACCAGAGCGCUUCAAUUUGGCGCCUAUACGUUUGACUCCAUCAUUGCCGAAAUCUUCACAGUACUUGUGCACGGUGGAUGCGUCUGCGUUCCUUCUGAUGAAGAGCGUAUGAACAACGUGACAAGCUUUAUUGAACGCGUUGGUGUCAACUGGGUUAUGCUAACGCCGACAUUCGUCCGAACACUUGACCCCAAUUCAAUUCCUGGAGUUCACACUUUGGUGCUCAUUGGUGAGGCGGUUGACAAAGACUGCGUGGAUACAUGGCUUGGAAAAACUUAUGAGCCCGACCCAACCGUCAUAGGUAAACCAGUUGGAUGCAGAGCCUGGGUUGUAGACCCUGUUAACCACGAUAUUCUCUCACCAAUUGGAGCUGUUGGAGAACUUGUUAUCGAAGGGCCCAAUAUUACGAAGGGGUAUUUGGGGGAUACUGAAAAGACAUUAAAGUCCUUCAUCUCCCAACCGUCAUGGGUGUCCCGCUUUGCAGGGGCUGCACAAGAGACAUUUGCAUUCUAUAAGACGGGCGAUCUGGUACGACAACUCAGUGAUGGCUCACUCAAGUUCUGCGGUCGUGGAGACAGUCAGGCUAAAGUGAACGGACAAAGACUUGAACUCGGAGAAGUCGAAACUCAUCUGCUGAGUGAUGAUUCCACCAUCCACGCGCUCGCCGAAGUACCCAAAUCUGGCCCUUUCCAGGGACGUUUGGUAACUGUAUUGUCUCUCAACGGCCUCACAGGACCAAAGGAGAAUGAAGAUGCUGUGGAGUUGCAAUUCGUCAACAGAGAGUGCUGGAAUGCAGCAGCCGAUAUGUGCAUUCGUCUGAUGGACAAGCUGCACUCAGCGUUGCCAGCAUACAUGGUACCAACUGUUUGGAUGCCUGUUCAGAAGCUGCCUCUCCUGCCUUCUGGUAAAUUAGACAGGCGGCAGAUACGGACUUGGUUGACUACUGUCGAUGAAGACGUGCUGAAGGACACAGUCGAGUUUCAGACCAGUGGUAUCGAGAGAAAUACAGACGAUGAGGCGUUCUUUCAGGAAAACGAAACAGGACGGCGACUUCGGAAGAUUUGGAGCGAAACCCUCAAUAUUCCGGAAACUAGUAUCGGUGCUUCGAAUGCUUUUCUCUCUGUUGGAGGAGACUCUAUUUCAGCAAUGAAAGUCGUUGCGAAGGCUAGAGCUCAAGACAUUUUUGUCACCGUUCAGGAGAUUCUCCAGCACCGCACCAUCUCCGCUAUAAUUGAUCAUCUUCAGACAAAACAGUUUCGCAUCAAGAUAUCACUUCUAUUUCGGCUUAUCAACGACAUCAUGCCGACUUUGACUACUGGAACAUGA